CCCGCCCCUCGCGCCUCGGCCCCGCCCCGCCCCCUCUCUGCGCUCGCGCCGGUGCCGCGCGCGCGCCCCCUCCCCCCGGCGGCCGCCCGCCCGCCCGUCAGUGCGGUGGCUGCGCCGGGCAACAUGGCGGCCGAGGGGAUGGUCCUGACCAACCACGACCACCAGAUCCGCGUCGGCGUCCUCACAGUGAGUGACAGUUGCUUCAGGAACCUUGCUGAGGAUCGUAGUGGGAUAAACCUUAAAGAUCUGGUCCAAGACCCUUCUUUGUUGGGUGGGACUAUAUCUGCAUACAAGAUAGUGCCAGACGAAAUAGAAGAAAUCAAGGAGACGCUGAUAGAUUGGUGCGAUGAAAAGGAACUUAAUUUGAUUUUAACAACUGGAGGAACAGGGUUUGCACCACGAGAUGUCACUCCAGAGGCCACUAAAGAAGUAAUAGAGCGAGAAGCCCCAGGGAUGGCCCUGGCAAUGCUGAUGGGAUCACUUAAUGUAACUCCUUUGGGCAUGCUCUCUAGACCUGUGUGUGGAAUCAGAGGGAAAACUCUCAUAAUUAAUCUGCCAGGUAGCAAGAAAGGGUCACAGGAAUGCUUUCAAUUUAUACUGCCAGCCCUACCUCACGCCAUUGAUCUUUUGCGGGAUGCCAUUGUAAAAGUAAAGGAGGUACACGAUGAAUUAGAAGAUCUACCUUCACCACCACCUCCUCUUUCUCCUCCUCCAACCACCAGCCCUCACAAGCAGACAGAAGACAAAGGAGUACAGUGUGAGGAAGAGGAGGAAGAGAAGAAGGAUAGCGGAGUUGCAUCAACAGAGGACAGUUCCUCUUCACAUAUAACUGCAGCAGCCAUUGCAGCUAAGAAGCAUCCAUCCUACACCAGUUCAGCAGUUAUCAUGGCAAAAGGUGAACAGCCCAUUCCUGGUCUCAUCAGUUAUUGCCAUCACGCAGCAGGCAGUGCAGGAGAACCGAUUCCAGAUUCCAUCAUCUCUCGUGGUGUUCAGGUGCUCCCACGUGAUACAGCCUCCCUCAGCACUACCCCUUCAGAAUCUCCUCGUGCCCAGGCCACCUCUCGUCUCUCCACUGCAUCCUGCCCAACACCAAAAGUCCAGUCUAGGUGCAGCAGCAAGGAGAACAUCCUCAGAGCAAGUCACAGUGCUGUUGACAUUACCAAGGUAGCAAGAAGACACCGCAUGUCUCCAUUCCCAUUGACAUCUAUGGACAAGGCCUUCAUCACUGUUCUGGAAAUGACCCCAGUGCUUGGAACAGAAAUCAUUAAUUACAGAGAUGGAAUGGGCCGAGUCCUUGCUCAAGAUGUAUAUGCAAAAGAUAAUCUACCACCAUUUCCAGCAUCUGUAAAAGAUGGCUACGCUGUCAGAGCUGCUGAUGGCCCAGGGGAUCGAUUCAUCAUAGGGGAAUCCCAGGCUGGUGAGCAGCCAACUCAAACUGUGAUGCCUGGUCAGGUAAUGCGAGUUACAACUGGUGCUCCAAUCCCAUGUGGUGCUGACGCAGUGGUGCAGGUGGAAGAUACAGAACUCAUCAGGGAAUCAGAUGACGGCACUGAAGAACUAGAGGUUCGAAUCCUGGUGCAAGCUCGACCAGGACAAGAUAUCAGACCUAUAGGACAUGACAUUAAAAGAGGUGAAUGUGUGCUGGCUAAAGGAACUCACAUGGGUCCAUCCGAGAUUGGUCUCUUAGCAACUGUUGGAGUAACCGAAGUAGAAGUUAACAAGUUUCCAGUGGUUGCAGUCAUGUCAACAGGGAAUGAGCUACUGAAUCCUGAAGAUGACCUCUUGCCAGGAAAGAUUCGAGACAGUAACCGUUCAACUCUCCUAGCUACAAUCCAAGAACAUGGCUAUCCAACAAUCAACUUGGGAAUUGUGGGAGAUAACCCAGAUGAUUUACUGAAUGCACUGAAUGAGGGUAUCAGUCGUGCUGAUGUGAUCAUUACAUCAGGAGGCGUAUCUAUGGGGGAAAAGGACUAUCUUAAACAGGUGCUGGAUAUUGAUCUUCAUGCACAGAUUCACUUUGGCAGAGUUUUUAUGAAACCAGGCCUGCCAACAACUUUUGCAACUCUGGAUAUUGAUGGCGUAAGAAAAAUAAUCUUUGCGCUCCCAGGCAAUCCUGUGUCAGCUGUUGUCACCUGCAAUCUCUUCGUUGUUCCUGCACUGAGGAAAAUGCAGGGUAUCCUGGAUCCUCGGCCCACCAUUAUCAAAGCCAGGUUAUCAUGUGAUGUAAAAUUGGACCCCCGCCCAGAAUACCAUCGGUGCAUACUGACUUGGCAUCACCAAGAACCACUACCUUGGGCACAGAGUACAGGGAAUCAGAUGAGCAGUCGUCUGAUGAGUAUGCGCAGUGCCAAUGGACUGUUGAUGCUACCUCCAAAGACAGAGCAGUAUGUGGAGCUUCACAAGGGGGAGGUGGUGGAUGUCAUGGUCAUUGGAAGGCUAUGAUGUCACCAGCAGGAGCGAAGCUUUGAUGCAUGUCCACAUAUCAUUGACUGUAUCCUGUAAUAUGCAACGGCACAGCUAGUUUUUCUGAUUUGGAUAAAAGUUGAUCAGUAUAGUCAACAUCUUGAAUUAUAUUUCAAAUGGAAUUUAAAUAAAUACCUUUUAAAAAAAUCUUUAAAAAGAAAUCUUAAUGAAGAAAUUUAUUCUGAUUAUAUCAAAGCAACUUUUUCCUUUCCUUGCAAUUGCUUUGUGUGUUCAAUGCUAGUUCUAAUAGCGGUAGCUUUUAGUAGACAGCAGUAGGUGCCUGCAGAACUUGUGUUUUUUCUCAUCUUUAAGAUACAACUACUUAUGCUCUUAAAACAAGGCUGUCUGCUUAUUUAUACUAGCGUAGACAACACUUGGAUUUCCCUUAUCAGUAUGCUUCAUAACCGCUUCACAGAGAGCUUCUGCUUGUUCUUUAUCUUGUAUCUCGUGUUGAUGUGCACAGUGCCAAAAGCGGAGUGGCUGCACUGGGAACCCAAUGAAGCCCCGAGGUUUCCUCACCUCGCUGCGCGUUCAGGGAUCUCUCUUGUCCCAGCAGCCACCCAGCUCAGUACUCUUGGGCAGUAACUGGAUACCUUUUAUUUCAACAAACAAAAAAUUGCUUCCUUAAGUGCUGACAGCCUUUUUAACCAAUACAUUUAAAAAUGUACAGAACUAAAAACUAAAAAAAAUCAAAGACUGAUCUUGUACAGAUAUUAGUGUUACCAGCAUUCGUGUGGAAAUUAAAUGAGCAAAGAAAUAAAACUAAUGUUAAACAACUCUGUACCAUAACAUUUUCUGUAAUGAUAUUGAAACUUAAAUGAAUAAAAAAAAUCCUCAAUCAUUAUUUAAAAUUUC